UGAAUGUGUGUUUCGCGUCACAACAGUCUGCUGGCUGAAAGAACUGAUCUGUGAACUUUGUUUGACUUGUGACUGUCAUUGCACUCAAUCAAAAUGCCUCAAGUCUAAUCGAUGGAAAGGUGAUUGUUCACUGAUGAUCUAUAUAUAAUGUCAUUUUCUUCGUUCAUGGUUCUCAUACGUAAUGCAUCAUGCUAGAAGGUUUGGUUGCAUGGGUGCUCAACACCUACUUGGGCAAAUAUGUAGAAAAUCUAAAUACUCACCAGCUCAGCAUAGCCCUCCUACAAGGUGAGGUAGAAUUUGAAAAUUUGCCUCUGAAGAAAGAUGCCUUGCGUCACUUUGGUUUGCCAAUUCAAGUACGUGCAGGGUUUAUUGGGAAGAUCAAACUUCAAAUCCCUGUGCGAGCUAUUCGUAGUGCUCCAUGGGUAAUACAAAUCGAACAACUUUAUCUUGUGGCAGGACCUGUACGUCUCAAUGAGUGGGAUGAGGAAACAGAAGAGCAGGUUGCUCAAGAGUAUAAACUAAGUGUUUUAGACAAUCUUGAAGCACAAUGGCGAGCAGAAUUUGGCAACCAAACACAAGGUUCAAGUUAUUAUGCUUCAAGCUACUCAUCAUGGUUAAGCUAUGGAACAAGUCUUGUCACCAAUGUGGUUGAAAAUUUACAGCUCAAGAUAAUUGAUGUGCAUAUUAGAUAUGAAGAUGACAUCACUGUUCCAAAUGAAGCAUUUGCCUUUGGCAUAACUUUGGACACUUUAUCUGCUCAAAGUUGCGAUGACACAUGGCAACCGCGCUAUUUGUCUGGGGACUCAGGACCCAACAGCUUCAAGCUUUUGGAACUCAGUGCAUUGGGUGUGUAUUGGGACAAGCUUGAUUCCAGUGGUCUGCUGGGUGAUUUAUCUCUUGGAGAUCUUGCGGUUGCCUUGUCUCAAGUGGGCGUAAAAUUCAAAUCACAUAAUUUUUUGCUAUCUCCUGUCAGUGCUCAAGCACAUGUUAAACGCAACCGUUCAGAACAACCUUUAAGGUCUCGUCUACAACCUAGAAUUGUUUGUGAUUUGCAUUUAGAAGAGGUGCCCUUAUCUCUCUAUGAUUGGCAAUAUGGGCAAAUGGUUGGCUGUCUAAAAGGCCUCCAGACCAUUGAAAAGAUGCAAAGAUUCCGAAAAUACCGUCCUGUUUCCUCAGUGAAGGAUGAUCCUAGGUCAUGGUGGAUGUAUUUAGCCCAAUGCAACAGUCCCCGUCUUAUCCAGCAAAACCGGGCACACACAUGGGAAGAUGCUUUAAAAUUAGCUAAAGAAAAUGUUCAGUAUGUAACAGCUUAUGAACAAUUGUUGUCAAACCCCUCCAUGACUCUAUCAGCACAGACUAAAGAGAUGAAAGAUGCCAUGGAGCACACUCGAUCUUUGGAAGAUUUAAGAAUAUUAAGAGAGGUUGCAAUGCGUCGUGUUUGUCCAGCACCCCUUCCUGUGGACAAGUCAUCUCCUGCAGGGAAUGUGGCCACAGGUGCCUCAGCUGGCCGAGGCAUUCUGCACCAAUGGUUCCCAGCUUGGUGGGGAUGGUCAGAAGCUGAGCAAGGCACAGUGGAGGGUCUAGAAAGCAGCGUAGAGCAGCAGAUUGAGGGUCAAUUAUUAGAUGCCCUUGCUGACACUGUGGACAACAACUCUCUUCUCCGCAGGGACGUUGUGUUUUGUCAAAUGAACUUUACCCUCAAAGAGGGCACUUUUCAUCUCUGCUCCCUAGAGAAAGAGCAAUCAGAGCAGCAGGGGGAACAAACACAAGAGGACACAAAAAGAUCAGUUCUUGAGCUUCAAUUUGAAAAUGUUCAAUUGAACUUGGAAUCCCGUCCUCGUACUGGCUCCCAGCGUAUUAGUGUUUCUCUUGGUGGAAUCUAUGUAUGGGACAGGUUGACAAAAGACACAGUGUUUCCUGUUCUUGUUGCACCCCAAGGUCAUGAUUCUGCGCCGAGUGCUUUGGCAGGCCGCGGACCUCGAGCUUUUCCACCGGGCCUUCAACGUCUUCGUAGCCAGGGUUCUGGAAGUAUAGGUGCAACUUCCACCCCUAACACAGCCAGACGCACAUCACAGACAGAAGAAGCUUUGUUUGAGUUGGUCUAUGAACUGAAACCCUUUAAUAGCACUUCUGACUAUCGACUCCAUGUGCGAUCACAAUCUUUGGAUGUCGUCUACAACCCAGCUGCAGUAGAAUGGCUAACCAACUUCUUCACGCAGCCAUACCAGCAGCUUGAUGGGGCGCUACGUCAAGCAGCCCGUCAUGGCUACCAAGCUAUGAAGCGUCGAACGCGACAAGAACUCAUGAGGAACUGGGAAGAGCUACUCGAGGGUCAUUUGAGCAACAGAAAAACGUGGGAAUUGGAGCUGAAUAUAUCAGCCCCACAAAUAAUCCUUGUUGAACAUUUUUGUGACAAAAAUGCAGUAAUUGCAGUAGUUGAUUUUGGACGGUUCCAUUUAAGUACUCAAGAUAGUCACAGGAUAGAGACUCAAGCACCUCCACCACUUAUUACAACAACACGGGAUAGUGAUGAUGAAGACGAUGCUUUCCAAACACCAUGCUCAACUCCACCAGGGAGUGCUGCUAGUGAGUCUGGAAGUGAAAAGGAUGAAGUCAUUGAUGAAACCUUAAAUUCACAAAUGUCAGGCGAUGUUAAUAAAGAGGGCCUAAAUGAAUGGUCUCUACAUCACAGAUUAUAUGAUAGGUACACUGUUGAAUUUGGUGACUUGCAAAUCCUUGUUGGGAAAGUUAAAGAUAAUUGGAAGUAUGCUCAUCUCAAAGGGACCUCCACGUUACAUGUCUUAGACAGGUUCAACAUCUCUCUUCAGAUCGAGAGACGAGUUGUUUUUACACGGGACCCACAAUUUCCUAGUUUAACUGUUAGCGGAAACUUGCCAAAGCUUGUUGUACACGUCAAUGAAUCAAAAAUAGAUGCAUUACGAACUAUGGUGGACAUAAUCAGUGGUCGAGGUCUACCCUCACCAUUCAGAUCCCAAGAGCCACCAACAACUAAGGACAACAGUGAAGUAAGUGAUCCAGAUGAAAACAUGUCAGCUGAGAAGGAUGAAGAGAUUCACAUUGAAAAAACUAUGUCUCGUCUGGUGAUGCUACAGUUUUCUAUUGACCAAAUGGCACUUGAGGUACAGUCAAGAGGAAGAUCAGUGGCUGAAUUGCAGGUGUCAGGAGUCAGGGCGGGAUUCACAAAGAGACCAUUUGAUACUUCAUUAUCACUCAGUGUCCAUAGUCUGCUGUUAGUAGAUGCCCUUCAGACAUUUGGCCCAGAUUUUGAGCUUCUGGUUGCUAGUCACAAACAUGUUGGUAUGGAUAGCGUGAGUGGGAGCUUGCGAGACAGUGAGCCAACAUCUCCCACUUCUCCAGGGUCACCUUCCCCAGAUGUUCAGAGUCCUCGUUCAACCAAAUUCACUACUCCACUAGCUUUAACGCAAGCACUUUCAAGUCUUCAACAUGAUUCAUCAGGUCCACGAGCAAUAUCUCCAUCGUGGUCUGUACCAUCCCCUCCACCAAUGAUAACGUCACCUCAGUUCCUCCCAGGAGGAGGACUGUCAGCCCGUGCUUCAUACGUUGGUCUGGACACAUUUGAUCAUGAGGCUCUCAUAACUAUAGAGAUUCUACUUGUUAGCCCUGAUUGUCCAACGAACAAUGAUCCAAAUGAUCCCUCUCCAAGAGAAGCUCUUCAAAUUGUCUCUGUCCAGUUUAAUAAUUUGGACAUUAUAGCAAAUCAAGAAACUAUAGUGGAGUUGAUUGGCUUCAGUCGACGUGUGUUUCCUCAGCUGAAAAAGCGGUCUACAGCAACUCAUGUGCCUCGAUCUUCUUCUCCCAGUGGUCGGUCUGCUUCUCAGAGCAGAACUGAGCAUAUGUCGCACAGUCCUAGCCCCAGUGCUGCCACUCAAAUUCCUCAAGGCCUUGGAUCGGCUUUAAGUCCUCCUACCGCUCGAACUGAAUUAUCAUUUGAUUUUCAUCGGCUUAACGUUCUCCUUCUGCGAGCUGUAUUGAAAGAUAAUGUUCACACGGGCAGGAAGAUUGCUACUGCUACUAUGUCAGAAGCUAAGAUUCAUGCCACUAUUGGCCAACAGCUGGUGGUUGGAGGAUCUCUAGGAGGACUCCAAGUUCUCGACUUGACUCCAGAAGGUCAGAAACAUCAGAGAAUUCUCAGCCUUGGUAAAGAUCCCUUAGUAUCUGAUCGUCAACCAGACCUUGUUACUUGUUUGGGUGCUGAUUUAUACUCAAUGGGUCAGCCUAGCGGCAGCACAUGCCCUGAAGAAAAGCAAGUACAAGCUUUUAGCUUUUCAGUGAGUCGCUCUUUGGAGAGUAUUGUGCCUGGCCCAGUUUCCUCAGGCGAAAGAGGUCUCUCAUCCAAUCAACAGGAAUCUGAAGCAGUGGAUGUCAAAAUACGUAUGGCAUCUGUCUUGUACACACAUUCCCCAUGCUUAGUCAAUGAAUUAGGGUCAUGUGCUUCUGAAUUCAAACAGUACCUGAGUAACUUGGCAAGCUCAAUAAAAUCUGCUGCAACUGAGAUGGCACUUGGACUGGUGCAUGCAAGAGCUGAAGCUCUGGCACAAAGUUUGUACAUGAGUAGCCGCUUGUCAGCCUCAUUUUAUGGUGGCUCUGGCUCAGAGCUCUCUUCACCAAAGCGUAGGAGAAGAAGUGUUUCUCGCUCUUCUGAGGUGUAUGAAUCUGUCUCGAACACCACCAACCCCUCAUUAUGCAACACUAAAGGAAAUGUCACACCCACCAGUCCAGGUGACGGUGAUGAGGAUAGCCUUGCAUCUGCCACUGAAUUGAGAUUGGAUGUGGUUUUAGAUACUCCUGUUGUGGUAGUGCCACGAUGUCCCACUAGCUCUGAAGUUUUAGUUGCUCACUUGGGAAAGAUUUCAAUCAGCAACAUUCAUGAUAGUAAUCCAGCAGGUGUUCAGGAUAGUCAAGAGCACUUGUGGGGCACAGGCCAGUCAAAAGAGCAAUACAGUAUUGAGAUACGAGAUAUGAAUCUGUUUUCACUGGACACAUUAAAAACUAUUGAGAGUACUAAAAAGCCAGGAGGAUUGCUUUCUCAUGGACAUGUAGAUAGUUUACUUCGUGCUGAACAACUUUAUGCAUGUUCAGAGGCAGGAGUGCCUAUUUUGCAUGAUACAGUCAUCAAAUUAGAAGUUGCUCGUGUUAUGGGCUGUGGUAUCAUGCAAAAAUCAGAUAGUUUGUCAUCUCUGUUACUCGAUGACAACACCGCCGACUUUAACGAAUAUCAGUCACAAGACAGCCUACAGGUGUCUGGAUCUGUUGUCACAGCUUUGAAGGUUUCACUGUCCCGUCAACAAUAUGAGCAGGUUCUAGAUACAGUUAAUAGUCUACUCACUGGAAUGGUACAGCCGUGUAGCUCGUCUGUCAUGUCAAGUUCUCAGUUAGUACAAAAUACAGCCGCAGCAGCGGUACAACGGGCACCUUUGGGAGAUAUAGCUGAAGAGGAGUCAGACAUGCAUACUGGGGUUUCAACUUUAAAUAUGGAUUCAACAUUGCGUUCGAGAAUGCUACAUCAAGGACCUCCCACUGUUGAAUAUUCAAGGCCUGCACCCCCUCAUCGCAUCACAAUAAAAGUUUCAUUUGAACUGCCUAUAUUCACUUUGGAACUGAAAGGUGACCUAGGCAAUGGGGAACAAGGUCUUGUUGACUUAUCAUGCAGUGACUUCAAGCUACAGUUUGAGCGCCAACGACCAUAUGAGACUGUGAUAGAGAUGUCUUUGCGAUCAUUAUUAAUGGAGGAUCUUCUUCAGCCACCUGAUUCCAAACAUCGGUUUUUAUUAGUGUCCUCUAAUGGUUCUGAAGCAUCAAGAAGUCAAUACUGUGAUGUGCCAGCUUUUGUUUCCAAGUCUUGUCCUAAUUUAAGUGGAAAUUCAAUUGGAACAAAUAAUUUAUUGCAUGAAAAUUAUUUGAGACCACACCAUUAUCAUCAUGGAUCCCUUCCAGAUCAUCUAGAAAAUGAGUCUGCAUUUGUUUCAUCAAAGGCUAAAGUUAGCCAUCGUCAAUCUAGGAAAACUGCUCCAUCUGGUGUGGGAGAAUAUCCCAGCACUCCACCACCCUCACCCCUACACCACAGUAGUGGGCGGUUGAGAGAUGACACCCUAGUCAGAAUCAAUAUUGUGCUAAUUGACCGCAAUGCACCUAAGCUGACAUCACUGUUCAACAACAUUCAUCGGAGUAUAAGUGUUGAUUUUAAUACUCUGGAUGUUAUUGUAAAUGUGGAAUCAUGGGUGGUAAUUUUAGACUUCUUUGGAUUUGGUCCCUCUACUGGAGCACCUCAGCCAAAGGAACAAGUGGUCAAAAGUUCUGGUUCAGAGACUGUAGAAGGCACACAAGGUGAUAAUGUAAAACUAGAGCUGGAAGUAUGGUCUCUGACACUUGUCCUAAAUAAACCAGAGUAUGAAGUAGCUCGAGCCAAUGUGUCUCAACUGUCAGCAACAGUUGUUAAUCGUAAUAAUAAUUUAUCAUUGGAUGGACGCCUUGGUAAAAUGAGCUUGAUGGAUGCCACACCUCACUCUGCAUUUUACAGAGAACGAUUCAUUUCCUCUGGCUCUGAAGCUCUUAAUGUCCAUUUCUUCAGGUUUGGGGCUCCAGAUCCACUGCUUAAGAGAGAGUAUGACUCUCAGCUGAAAAUUGAAAUGUCAUCUGUUCUUUAUGUCCACACACAACGCUUCCUUGCUGAAAUAAAUGCCUUCUUCCGACAUUUCUCCCAGCUUCAAAAUGUCCUUAUCAACAUUCGCUCUGCCAAUCAGGUCCAAGAAAAGGCUGUUAGGAGAAGUCGGAGGCUGCUUGUGCUCACUGCAGGCUCUCCUGUAUUGUUGUUACCAUUAAGUUCCCACUCUACAGAGAUACUUGUGGCAGAUCUGGGAAGGCUGAGCAUAACAAAUAAAUUUUUACAUGCUGCCUCUCAAGGAACGAUAAGUAAAGUUUGUGCUGAACCAGAAAAACCAAAUGAUUGGCCACUUCUUGAUGUGAUGCAAAUUGAUUUAGUGAAUAUGGAUCUCUAUGCGGGCCAACGCCUUCCAGCCUCCGACAAUAUGAGGGAAAUGUCAUUAUUGCACCUAGGUAGCUUCGUUGUAGCCAAAAGAGGUCCUUCUCUACUUCGUGAAAAGUGCCAACUCAAGCUCCAGCUUGAAAGCAAUCUUGAUUCAAUGCUUUCACAUUCUGUUCCUGAUAUGAGUGUACAAGGGACACUGUCAAGAUUGAGUGCUGCCGUUGAUUUAUCACAGUACCGUUUAAUUCGUGGUUUGCUAUCAUAUAACAUUGGGGAAUGUUUGGAUGACAUUGAUGUGCAAGUGGCCGAAACCAGUUUCAAUAAUUCAUCACUUUCUGCCUUGAGUGCACCUUCAUGCUCUGACGUUUGGAUGCUCAUGUCUAUUCACCUGGAUCUUGUUGACGUCACCUUGAAGCUUCAACUGAACCAUGGCCCAGAACCAUGGUGUGACUUGUCUCCUGGCCAAACCCAUAUUCCAAGUCAAGGAGAGGGCGAAUCUUCUCUUGCUUGUAUUAAUUUCAUUAAAUCACGACUCACUGUUGAAACAUACAGUGACAGAUCACAAGAUGUAGAUCUGGUAUCCCAGGAAAUUCUCAUAACUGAUACAAGAUUUCAAGAUGAGCCUGUUAAUAAGCGCUCGAAUGUAUUUACCAAUAUUCUGCAACCUAUAAAUAUGAUCUAUUCAAAGGACAUGGUCCAAGCAGAAAUACAUCAUAGAAAACGUCGCGAUUACUCAAAAUUUACCAUUUUACUAAAUAGCAUGCGUUUGAUGGCCAUCUUGGACUGGUGGGAAGUUAUCAAAGAUUUCAUCUCGGAAAAUGCUGAAGAUCCUUUCACCAAUUUGGAAAAGGUCAAUGUCAGUAAUGCUAAACCCAUUCAAACUGAUGAAAUAGAUGGUGAUAAUCCAGUUGUUCCAUAUGAACUGAAACUGAACAUUACAGCAUCUGAGGUCGUCGUUGUUGAAGACACCUCUCAAUGGGAUGCGAAUGCUGUUAUUUUAAAAAGUACAACAGUUGUUUCUUUCAAACCUGGUCAAAGGAAUGAACCUCUAUCAUGUAAUCUGAACCACUGUGAAGUAUUUUCUUGCGUUUUGGGAAUGGAGGAUGAAACUGCAUUGUCAAUCAUAGACCCAGUCACUAUUAGUAUGGAUUUGAAGUGUCAACCAAGAUCUCCCAAUGAUGAUGUUAGAGGAAAUCAAGAUCAAGUCCUUGUCAUCCAAACAACUGAACAACUAAAUGUCAGACUCUCAUACCAUGAUGUGCGCAUGUUUAUGCAGAUGAUAUCGUCCCUCAAGCAACAGACGGUAUCUGCAAGGAGUCAAGAAUUCAAGAUGCAUUGUCGGCCUGCUAAUUUUUCAAGCCAAGUAUAUAAGCUGUCUGCUCUCGGUUUUGAAACUGAAGACUGUGCUCAAGCUUUAGAUAGGUGUGAUGGUAAAAUAGAUGAUGCUGCUCUGUGGCUGACCCAAUAUGCCGUCAAUCGGCCGCCCCUCAAUGUCCCAGAGCAGACCUCUGUAUUAUCAUUUCAAUUCAUUCAAAUGAAUGUCAAGUGUCUCAGUAUCUGUGUCAUUGAUGACUGCAGAGAUGCCGAUGUUCCGCUCUUGGAGCUCUCUUUGUCAUCUUUAAAUGCGGAGCAAAAUUAUUCCAAUGGUGGUUGCAAGAUUGAAGGUGUUCUGGCUAGUGAUUACUACAAUCGAGUGUUGUCUGGCUGGGAACCAUUUGUGGAACCAUGGUCAUUCAAAAUGCUAUGGGACCGAGUGAGAAACAGUGAUGGCAGUGAGCUGACAGGAAUAACAGUGAAAUCAGAUGAGCUGCUGAAUGUAAACAUUACCAGCACUUUGGUGGAGCUGUAUAAGGCAGUCAAAGAGAAUUGGACUGAGGACUACUAUUGCACAAACAACAGCCGACUGACGAGCAGCCCGGCAGGCCACCGGCGCCGCUCUCCGUUUGUACCGUUUGCUCUCCGCAAUGACACUGGGUCAAGGGUGUUUUUUGCAACAUGUGUUACUUCAGCCGACAGAGUUACCAAGCACAAUACUGAAGACUCCAAUGUGCAAUGGAUUCCAGUGGCGCCAGGAGCAACAGUGCCAUUCACAUUUGAAGAAAGAGGAAAACUUCGUCAUCAAAAUACCCACAAGUAUAAAAUUCAUCAACUGGGUAUAUGUGUUGAGGGAUGGCGUCCAGUUCCACCCAUUUCAGUUGAUAAAGUUGGCAUUUAUUUCCGUCAAGCAGUACCUGAGUCUCAAAGAUCGCAUCUAGAUCUGCCUGGAGCUAGAGUGGUUUUGGAAGUAAUCCUGGAAGGUUCUGCCCAGAAAUUAGUAGUUGUGCGCUCUGCACUUCUGGUAAAGAAUCAGCUUCAAGACCCUGUAGAACUGCGGCUUGAAAAUACUUUACUUCAGGGCAGUGCCUGGGCUGGAGUAAAGAUGAUUCAGAUUGCUCCCCAGUCUGUAAUGCCUAUUCCUCUGACACAUACAUUGGCUCAGCUCUGGGUCAGGCCUGUAACAGGCAGCUACCAUGCGUUUAGCUCUCACCCCAUAUCGUGGACAGCAGUGACGAAGCCAGGUGACACCAUGGAGGAGACACAUUCUUGCCAAGCCAAUCGUGGCAACAGCUAUAGGUUUUGUGCUGCUGUCACAAGGGAGAAUUACCCUUUAGAAAGGACAGGCCUUUGGGUUCAGCCUGCCCACACCAUCACUCUUCUGUGCUGUGUUACUGUUGUCAACCUAUUGCCUUAUGACUUACACUAUGCUGUUCAAUCAAAAACAUUGUCAGCCUCAAGAGCUAGUGGUGUAAUUAAACCUGGUGGCCAAGACCCAGUUCGGGAAGUUGAUAUUGAUGGGUCAAUUGAACUUUCCUUCCAUUUGGAUAAUUUCCCUGGUGCUGGAACUCUUGUUUUACCUCCACAACCCAGCAGCAGUUUUACCCAACGUUUGCGUUUGCAUGAUCUCUCUUCAAGAAGGCUGUUUCUGCAAGCAAGUGUACAUGUCAAUAAGGGGUCUGCUAUCAAGGUGGUUGUGUGGUCACCUUACUGGAUUGUGAACAAAACUGGACUUCCAUUAGUCUUUCGCCAAGAAGGGGUUCCUGAAGAAACUGCUGGUCAAUUUGCUGAGCAUGAGGUUGCCCGUAUGGUUGCUCCUCUACUCUUUUCUUUUUCUGACCAUGAAGCAAGCCCUACAAUUGUUGCGCGAGUGGGAAGUGGAGUGCAUACUGAAGGUGUUCCUCAGUGGUGUGAUCAUUUCCAUUUACACCCCGGUGUCCAGUUCUGCAGACUCCUAGUGUCAUUUAGAGAGUCUCGUCCUGAUGUUAUAUAUCUGAUGGGGGUUGAAGUGAAGACAGGACGUGGACGGUACCGACGUACAAAUAUUGUCACUUUGUCACCUCAUUACCAGCUUUUCAAUCGAUCAAGCUACAAACUUCAGUUUGCUCAAAAAUAUUUUGCUACUACUCUGAGUGACCCUGGAGCACAAGCCACUUACCUGACAGCUGUACCCAAUUGCUGUCUGCCAUUCCACUGGCCAAGGCAAGAGAAAGAACAGCUGCUUUGUGUGCGACUCUUGGCUGUACCAAACUGUCUCUGGUCGGGAGGAUUCCGUAUUAAUGUGACAGACUCCCUACAUGUCAAUAUCAGGGAUCGAAAUGGAAGAAUGUACUUCCUCCGUUUAGAAAUUGUUCUCCAAGGAGCCACAUACUUUGUCGUGUUCUCUGAUGCAAACACAAUGCCGCCACCCAUUCGAGUUGACAAUUAUUCAGAGGUUCCCUUGUUAUUCUAUCAGAGUUGCGUACAGGUUGAAAGUUUGCAAUGGUCUAUUCGACCCCAUCUCUCCAUGCCUUAUGCAUGGGAUGAACCAACCCAAGGUCCUAGCAUUUCUUUAGUGGCUCCUGGUGGUGCCACAGCUUCCUAUGACAUGAAUGUCUUAGGGCGAGGGAGAGAUCUCACCUAUGAGAAUUUCAUUUACAUUGCCUUCACGGGAACAUUCAAAAAUGUGUCUGAUGGCCCCUUUGAUCCACUGGAUGUGGAAGGACAACAGCUAGUUCUUGACGUGCCACCUGGGGGCACUAGAGUGGUGCUGGCUCGCAAAGAGCAAGGAGCUCGAUCCCAAUUGUGGCGCAUGACUGGGGAGGGCCAGCUGCAACAUGAAGGAAGCUCGCCUCCUCGAGAUCCCCACCGAAGUCAUAGCUUCGGCAGCAGCUCCACAUCGUCAUCUGACAAAAUUCUUGUAUUGGACAUUGCUGGGCCAGCGCCUCAGCCUUCCCAAUAUGUCGGCCUCACGCUGCGCCGCGUGGACAACAGACGCAAGUCGACACAAACUUGGCGAUUCACAGAAGAUGGGAGAUUAUGCUGCGCGCAUAACAAUAUGUGUGUUCAGGCGAAAGAUGGCUUCUUUGGUCUGCGUCAAGGAGCGUCUGGCGAUUUGGGGUCUCGUUGGCAGCAGUGGUGUGAAGCUGUCCUUGGGCCUCCCCAGCCUGUCACACACAGGUUGACAGAGGAAGGUGUUCCUCUUGAACAAGCUGUCAGCCGUCAGCGUUUGAGACCAGGGUCAGGAUUUUUGGCAGUAAAUGUACUGACAGAUGGUCCAACUCGAGUUUUGGAAAUUACUGAUAUAAAAUCCAAGCAAAAAUAUGCUCUUCUGGAGGAGCGUGAUUGGGCCCACAUAUCAGCAACACAGAGACCUUCAUUGAUUCACAACGAUCUGGGUCAAUCUUCCCCAAAUGAACGUGUUGACAUAAAUAUAUGUUUGUUCCUUGAAAGAGGCUUAGGCAUAUCAGUUGUGUCACGUCAACCCCCCGAAGAGCUGGUUUUUAUUAGACUUGUGGGCAUAGCUUUAGAACUCCAAUUAGGAUCAGACUCUCAGAAAGUUUCUGUCAGUGUGGAAGACAUUCAAGUUGAUAACCAGUUAUAUAAUGCCCAAUGUCCUGUUCUUCUUUAUGUCAAUCCCACAACCUCUAAAAGGGGAGGUAGCCUAGAAGCCCCACAACCAGCCAUUGUUCUUGCUGCAGAGCGUCUAACAAGCCCCAACAUCAAUGCUGAGAUUUUCAAGUAUUUGACAGUUGUGAUUACUCGUCUCUGUCUGAGUAUUGAAGAAUCAUUACUAUUGAAGCUGGUCAUCUGGGCAGGCUAUAAGCCAUCUAUACCAGUGCAUGAAGAUGUGGGUGAAAGUGAAUUUGAGACCCAACGUAUACUAAGUGAAGCUACAUCCAUACACGCAAAGCGGUACUACUUUGGUCACAUGCAACUUAUGCCAAGUGAGUUCCGGCUCAGUGUCUUUACAAGUAACAAACUUCCACCUGAGCUUCAAGCUGUGAAACGCAAGCUUGGCUUACGUCUGAUCAAGUUUGAAGAUGCAUGUGUUGAUUUGGGUGGCUUUGUUAAACAACACCCCUUUGAGACUAGUCAAUUUUUGUUCUCCUCUAUUGUCAAACACUACCAGCAGAUGCUCAAAUGGAGGGCUCAUAAUAUAUUGGGCUCCAGUGAUUUCUUGGGGAAUCCAGCAGCCCUUGCAUCAGAUGUUUCAGAAGGGUUUUCAGGAUUAAUCUUUGAAGGCAGCGUGAAAACUCUGGUGAAGAAUGUUGCACAUGGACUUACAAAUUCCACUGCUAAGUUCACUGAGUCUUUGGGAGACGGUUUGGGUCAUGUAAUAAUGGAUGAGCAGCAUGAUGAAGCUAGAAGGCGAAUGCGAGGUGGAAACACUGUAAUGGAACAUUUCACCUCUGGUUUGAAGGGUCUUGGAUUUGGUGUUCUCGGUGGAAUAACAAGUGUCGUGAAACAGACAUGGGAUGGAGCUGCAAACGAUGGAGUGCCGGGUGCUGUUACUGGAAUGGCUAAAGGUCUAGUGGGAACUGUAACAAAACCUGUUAUUGGUGUUCUGGAUUUUGCAUCUGAGGGUGCAAGUGCUUUCCGAGAUCUUUGCCGUGACUCAAAUCGAUUGAGUCCAACGCGUUAUCGUACCCCGCGUUGUGUGGUUGGUCCGGGAGGUUUGCUGCCUCCGUACUCGGCCAAACAAAGUGAAGGUCAAGAAUUUCUGUACACAAUUAAUGAACGAAACUAUUCUGAAAUAUUGAUGGCCUAUGAAGUACUGCUGAGUGGAACUGAAGAUUUGAGAAUCCUUGUGUCAAGUGAGAAAGUGAGGGUUUUCUCUUGUGCUGGUUCCCAGUCUGGAAGUCAACCAAAUGCUACGGUUGUUCUUCAAGCUCUACUCAGUGACCUUUUUGAAUGUCAACCUGUCGCUAAACAAGAUGGAUCCAAUACUUUGCAUUUUAUUGAGCUUACAAUACGAGCUGAUAUCAGUGGUGGUGCCAGUGGGGGAACCUCUCAAGAAUCUAUCAAGCGUCCAUUGGUUCGGUGUAACUCGGAAAGAGUCUCUGUAUGGGUUUCUCAACAAGUUAAUUAUGCAAAAGAAAUGUUUGAAGAAAGGCGGUACACUCUCUUGAGGAGCUCAUCAAAUUUUAUGGAUGAGUGACUGCUUUUUAAUUUUAAGACCUGAAUAUCCACACUCAGACAAUAACAAGUCGUAGAUGAGAGAGUAUCUAAUGGAUACAUUAGUAUCUAAUGAAUACAUUAGUACUUGUGUAGAAAAGGGCGUAUUAUUUUACGUUAAUUUUACUUUUGUUUGUAAACAAUUUUUUUUUAUGAGCAAAGAAGUUAAUGGAGUGAUCUGUAUGGGAUAACUGCUCUUGAGCAAUCAAUAAUUGUACAGUCUACUAUUAGAAUGUUAUGGAAUACAUUGAAUCCACUGAAUGCAUACUUUAAUUUCUUUGACUGAUAGGUAAGGCUUUUGAACUGAUAUUUUUUAUGAAAACCAACUGAAAAUGUUAUUAUGUUAUUAUUAUUCAUAUAAAUUGUGGGUGCGGUGCAGAACUAACCUUGUGCCUGAAAUUUCAACAGUUGUAUAUAUUGUGUUUACUGAUGUCAUAACUUUUGUAGAUUUAGACUAUGUUAUGGCUUAUUUUUUAACGCUUACUGCCUUCAUGUAAAUGCCUGAAAAAAAGUAAAUUGUGAUGGUGCCAACUUUCCACCAAAUCUCUUGGCUGUAAACCUGUUUAAACCAAAGUUUUUGUUUUAUCUUCAACCUGCUAAGAUACCGUGCCGCAGGUUCGGCCAUAGUUGUUUCUAAUUUAUUCUUGUUAUUUGUUUAUGCAGCCACUUAGUAUGAUAGAGUAGUGUAAGAAAUUAGUUAGUGUGGAGUCAAAACGCAUUAUAACGUAAAACUGAUGAUGCAGAUCAGAUUAAUAAAUGCCUCACACAAUAUUUUACUAUUAAAAAAUUAAUAAUCUUCCGACUGCAUUUGCAAUCACCUGUGAAAAUAGAAGAAUUCCUUUGAGAAUUUUAAGUUACCUUGUUCUCGAUUUCAGAUACCAUGCUACUGUUAGUUCUUUGUAGUUUGUUUCUUUAAGGAGUUUGUGUUAUGCUUCAACUCCUCUCAAUUCCUUUAGAUUUUUGAAAGUUUUGUUAUUUUCAAUCAUGUUUUGCAAUCUAAGUUUCCUUACUAGUAAUUCGUCUUUUCUUUUACAUUUUACCCUGUCAACUUUCAUCUCUGAAAGUGGUUAAUGUAAAUUGCACUGACACACUUUCGAAUCAAAUAUCGGUAUAACAAAGAUUGGUUGUGAUACUAUCAUACAUUAUUUUUAAUUAUGGUGUAAAGUGGUCAAAUAAAACGGUCUUUAUAUUUUUAAUGAGA